AUGGAAGGCACUGGUCUAGUAGCGCUUGUAGCUAAACCUGUCUUGUACAAUUGUACUACAAUAUUUGAGCCAGCAUUGCCAUUGGCAAGGACAACAACUGGAAGAAGGAAGAAGCCUUGGAUUAAUCAAAGACCGAUGGCUUUCACUUUAUACGCCUUGUUAGAAGCGGCUCUGCUAUGUAUUAAUGCCAUUGCUAUCUUGAAUGAAGAACGAUUUUUAGCCAAAGUCGGUUGGUCCUCAUCUCAACCUCAAGGAUAUGGCGAAGAAGAAGGGGUCAAGAGUAAACUUAUGAACGUUAUUAAAUCAGUGCAAACAUUACUAAGAAGUGAGUACAAAGAAUAA